GUCAGUCAUCAGCAGUGUUUGGACUCAGCACUCAGGUGCUGACCCCAACCGAGAGGCGACCGUUUUCAGCAGCGACUCCUACCGAGUGGAGGGCUGGCAAAGUUCCGUCUUUCGUCAUGAUGUGUCCGGCGGAGCCAAGCAGAGAGGGACUGGACCAGUAGGAAGAUGAGCGGGUAGCGAAGACCGGACCGCCGCCUCCAAAGCCGCAUUCAUCUCUAUGAGAGCACCUUCCACGCCUGGAAGGUGCUUGCCGGCCUCUGACUCGCCUUUUCCGGCUGCCGAGGGUCUGCCUUUGGGGGGCAGCCGACAGUCGUUCCAAGACGCCGCGAGCCGUACUCCGCGUGAAGAAUGCUCAGCCGCGCCUGGCGAAGCCGGCCGACCCGGGCCCGGCGGCGGGCCUUUACAUGGAGCGGUCCCAAAGCCGCAUCAGCCUGUCCGCCUCCUUCGAGGCGCUCGCCAUCUAUUUCCCCUGCAUGAACUCCUUCGACGAAGACGAUGGCGUGGAUAACGAGGGCCGGAAGCUGAAAGGCGCCAUCCAGAGGAGCACGGAGACAGGUCUGGCCGUAGAGAUGCCCAGCAAGACGGUCCGCCAGGCCAGUCACGAGUCCAUCGAGGACAGCGUGAACAGCUAUGGCUCGGAGGGCAAUCUCAACUACAGUGGCGUGUGUCUGGCAUCCGACGCCCAGUUUAGCGACUUCCUAGACGGUAUGGGGCCGGCCCAGUUUGUCGGCCGACAGACGCUCGCAACAACAUCAAUGGGUGACGUGGAGAUUGGCCUGAUGGAGAGGAAUGGCGGUUUGGAGGUGGAGGUGGUGCAGGCCAGAGGACUCACAAUGAAAGCCGGGUCCAAAGGACCUCCAGCGGCUUACAUCAAAGUCUACCUCCUGGAGAACGGCAUGUGCGUGGCCAAGAAGAAGACCAAGUCUGUGAGGAAGUCUCUGGACCCUCUCUACAACCAGGUCCUAGUCUUCUCUGAAAGCCCUCAGGGGAAGGUGGUCCAGCUGAUAGUUUGGGGCAACUACGGACGCAUGGAGCGCAAAUGCUUCAUGGGCGUGGCUCGCAUCCUCCUGGAGGAGCUGGACCUGAGCUCCAUGGUGAUUGGCUGGUACAAGCUCUUCCCUACCUCGUCCAUGGUGGAGCCCACCAUGGCGCCGCUCAUCCGCCACUCGUCACAGAUGUCCCUGGAGAGCGCCAUGGCGCCCUGCUGCGAGCGCCCCUGAGGUUGGCGACUCUAGCGUCGCACUUUUCGCCCAACGGGGUCAUCCUGCGUCCGCACCGCUCCGUCUCUCAAGUAGACGGCUCGUGGACACAUCUGGGACCUAAGAGCCGUCAGAGGCCGAACUUUUGAACGUGAUUUUCUCUCCCGGGGACCACUUUGAUGAGGACGCUGUUUGGACCAACAGAACGCUGCCGGCUCAGGUCUGCUUCAUCACGUCCUUCAGGACCACCUGGGACACCUGGUUUGGUCUUCUCGCUUUCAUGUUACGUGCGUGUUGACACGAGACCAAGGUUUUUUCUGCCCUUUCAAACCACAGAAUGUUUCAGUGUCGGACCAAGGUAGCUAUGUAGCAGCAUCCUCACAGCACUAAAGGACAUCUUCUCUUUGCAAUGGAAAGCACGUAUCGCUACAUGUUAUGUCCUUUGUCCCUCAAACCCCCCGAAAAAGCUCACAAAAUUAGCAUAAUUUAUUGUGGAGGGUUGCAAAAUGUUAUGCCCUUAGUCCCGGGGUGUCCAACGUGUGGCCUGGAGCUUGACUUUUAUUUGCCUGUGGCAUAUUCUGUAUUAAAACAAAGGAAAAAGUCCACAAUCCCUUAAGAAUUGUACCUCCAAACCAAAAUGUCUGAUACAGCAUGUGAUCUUUAAUGAUAUCAGUGCAACUGACUUCCUGUCAGUCACACACUGGUUGGUGGAGAGUAUUUCUCACUUCCUGAGCAGGUUUUCUCUAUAGGAUAACAACACAUGCUUACAAGAUUUUGAAAAGCUUUUUAGAUCCCAAAAUAAUAUUAACUCAAGGAUUUUCGAGCAGGGGUGUCAAACGUAUGGCCCACAGGUUUUAUCCGGCCGGCAGGAUAAGCUUACUAAGUAAAAAUGAGCCUAAAUCUUUAAAUGAAAGAAACUGCUGUUCUACAUGUGUCCACUAGAUUUCGCAAUAGCAAGAUGUAGAUGAUGUUACAUAUGUAAAAAAAUAAAAUAGACCACAUGAUGUUAGUGCACCAGUUGAGGAAAAUGAGCAAAUUACAUAAAUAACAUCCUGUAAUUGGAUUUUGAUAUAAUUGUUUUAUCUUGAUAGAUUGAAAAUUACCUGCUCAGUGGCCUUGUGGUCUGAGUGUCCGCCCUGGGAUCGGUAGGUCGUGAGUUCAAACUCCGGCCAAGUCAUACCAAAGACUAUAAAAAUGGGACCCAUUACCUACUCAAGGGUUUGAAAUGGGGUUUAAAUCACCAAAAUGAUUCCCGAGCCCGGCCACCGCUGCUGCUCACUGCUCUCCUUACAUCCUCUCCCCUUCCAGGGGGUGGAACAAGGGGAUGCGUCAGAUGCAGAAGGUAAUUUCACCACACCUAGUGUGUGUGUGACUAUCAGUGGUACUUUAACUUUAACUUUUAAAUUAACACCAAUGAGUUGACUGAUGAACAUUAUCACUUAAUUUUAUCAGAAAGUAUAAAUAACGUCAAGUAAAGAUAGAAUACUAUUAACUGCAACAUGUAAGUGUAAAAAAAAAAAAACUUUAUGAUUUGUACAUUUUCAGAAUGUGUUUAUUCUAUUUUUUAAACUUAACGAAACAAUAUGAAGUUGUCUUUAUUUUUAAGUUAUCGUGCCAUGAUUUUACCAGUCCGGCCCACUUGGGAGUAGAUUGUUCUCCAUGUGGCCCCCGGUCUAAAAUGAGUUUGACGUCCCUGUUUUAGAGUGUCUAGUCAAUACAAAUGUGAAGAGUCCUCCUGAUGACCAGUGUCCUCUGCGCUGGGCAUUUGUUUUUAGUUGAUUUAUUUUAUCAGAACUAAAAUAUUUCUGGAAGUGUUCUUGUAUAUCUUUUUGUAUAUGUCCACUGCAGAGGUGGCUGGCUCUUUGGAUCUCUAUGUUGGACAUCCCUCUGACUGAGGCGGUACAGUAAUCCCUUGUUUAUCUGUGUUAAUUUCCGCUAACAGGAAUUGUUCAUUUAUAUUUUAUAGCUAGAGCAUUAAAAAAUGGUUUGACCUUAUGAAUAAAUAUUAUUUUACAUAAUGAGACCAAUAUAGACGUCAUGUAACCCCCACACAGUCACCUUCACACUCAAGUCAAUAUAACCAUGUUGUCUGAGGCUGAGCCAAUCAGUUGCCACGAUACUGAACAGUGUGCUGUGAUUGGAUUGUCCUCAUCUUGUGUUCAAUAAUACUGGAGUGUUGGUAUUUUUGCUUAGUUUAGCCAUUUUUAUGCAUACCAAUGCCUAAUUACGCCCCAAAAUACGUACAAUAUGCUUAAAAACAACUAAAUAAACAAUCGAGGGAAUUGGCGAACUUUGAAGUGCAACGUAGCGAGGGAUUAUGGUAAUAUUUUUUUUUUUUUGCUGUAUAAAACAUUUUUGCCCCCUGCCAAAAAUUACUAAAUAAAAAUAAUUGCGAAAAUGUCUACAACAAGAAAAAAUUGAUAUUAUUGCGAGAGUAAAGCCAUAACAUAACUUUAAAUCAA